AUGUAUUUAUCCAAUGUGGUUGAACUAACUUACUGGCUUGCGCCGAAACACAAUAUGGGUAUGGCUGUAUCUCGUACUGUAUGGAAAAAUAUUGAACAAUGCUUGAACUUAUUCUGUCUUUAUGAUGAUUAUAAUUGGGACUGGAGUCUACAGUAUAUUGGUCAAAAUUGUUUCCCAGGCAAACUGAAGGCCUUGACUCUACCUCUUUCUACUCGUGUCUUUCAUUUGGGUGAAUGCCGAGGUAUUCAUCAUCAGAAAAAUAUUUGCUCAACAGAAUUAUUGGCAACAAAUAUUUUACAAAUGUUUAAUGGACCAUUAUUGACCAAAUUAUAUCCGACGUCUCUACAUUUAUCAGAAAAAAUACAUACUGAAAAUGUUAAACAACGAGUUAAUGGUGGUUGGUCUGAUGAACGUGAUCGAAGUCUUUGCCAAAGUCUAUUUUCUAAUAAAUGGAAUAAAUUACUAACUCAAUGGGCUCCUAAAUUGAUAGAAUAUUCACCUAUUUAUUAG